AUGUCUAGUGACCCUGAAGAAGAUUACGUAUCUUGGAUACAAACUUUUUGUGAAUCAUUUGGGCAUGAUUAUUUUGUUCCAGUGUCUCAAGACUUCAUAGAAGAUGAUUUCAAUUUAACUGGGUUAUCACUGCAAGUACCAUAUUAUAGAGAGGCAUUAUACACGAUAUUGGAUUAUGAGGUUGAAACAUCAGAGGACCAACCUAACAGUGUAAGUGGCGCUGUCAAUAGUGUAGCUACUACCACAGCAACAACCGGAGCUGCAUCCACAAGUGCCACUACGGCUAAUGCGACUAGUAACGGGUUUAACGAUAACCUGAGGGAACUCCCUAACAAGGUCCUUCUUGCUCGUUCUGCAGAAUUACUCUAUGGGCUUAUCCAUUCACGUUAUAUCAUCUCAAAGCCUGGUCUUACUGCAAUGGCCACUAAGUUUGAACGUAAUGAAUUUGGACUGUGUCCCCGUUAUUACUGUGAUGGCAUGCACUUGAUUCCAGUGGGAGCAACUGACAUUCCGGGCCACGAGACUGUAAGAUUAUACUGUCCAUGUUGUAAUGAUAUUUAUUUACCUCUGCUGUCACGUUAUUUAAACAUUGAUGGGGCAUUCUUUGGUACUACAUUCCCUGGACUUUUGGUUAAGAUGUUCCCUGAGAUUGAAAAUCAAUGUAGAAUAAGAACCCAACGAUUCAAUUCACAAGACUUUGGUAUAAAGUUGUUUGGGUUUAAGAUAAAUGAAUUGAGUUCAAGCGGCCCACGUAUGAAAUGGUUGAGGUUAUAUCCACUGACUGAAGCUGAAAAGGAAGAAUAUGAAAAUUGUGAAUUGGGCUUGCCUGAUGAAUUUGAAGAUUUGACUGGAAGCGAAAGCGAUAUGGAGGUUGGAGAAGAGGAGGAAGAAGAGGAAGAGGAAGAAGAAGAAGGUGAGGAUGAUGACCGAACAAUGGCGAGCGAGAACUAA